AUGGCGAUCUGCGCCCAGAUCGCCGGCAUCCCCGUCAUGGAUGUCCAGCGCCAUGACGGCCUGUGCGUGCACUACCUCGCGACGGUCCCCCCGCCGGCUGGCAUGACGGUCGAGGUGGCGCUCGACUGGGAGCACCGCUGGGACGUCAUGCAGCAGCACUCCGGCCAGCACCUGUUCUCGGCCACGGCCCUGGCCACCUUCGGCUGGCGCACCUACCGGUGGGACUACCGGCCGGACAUCUGCUCGGUCGAGCUGGUCACCGAGUCGGCCAUCGUCACCGAGGAUGUGCUGGCGCAGCUGGAGCGCGCGGUCAACGCGGCCAUCGGCCGCGCUCACCCGGUGGCCGCGCGCAUCCACAACCCCGAGGACGACGCCGGCCCCACCCGCGUCACCUCCAAGCAGUCCCUCUUCAAUGCGUCGCUCGGCCCGACCCCGCCGGUUCGCAUCAUCGAGAUCGACACGGCCGACAGCUGCACCUGCUGCGGCACCCAUGUGUCCAACACCUCCGAGCUGCAGCUCUUCAAGAUCCUGCCCACGGUGACCACGCGCCGGCGCAGCGGCCUCCCCACCACCACCAUCAGCUUCCUGGCCGGCGGGCGCAUCCUCGGCUUCAUGAGCCACCUGCUGCAGGUGGACCAGGCGGUCGGGGCGCUGCUGUCCUGCUCGCGACCCGAGUACGCCCAGAUGAUCGAGUACAACAAGACCCGGCUGAAUGACGCGCGCGCCCUGUCCAGCUCGCUGCUGUCGCACACCUGCGGCUUCCUCCACACCACCAUGCGCACCUCUUCGGCGGACGUCACCGUGUGGCGCGCAUUCGACGUGCCGAUCGAGCAGCUCAAGACCAUCGUCCUGAAGAUCGCCCAGCUCCUGCAACAGUCGCAUGCCGAGGCGCCGGCCGCACGGCCGGCGCGCCAGCUCCUGGCCGUGUCCUGUCCGGCCCCGGUCCCGGCCAAGGGCGGCAAGAAGGCCGCCGACCAGCAGCCGGCCCAGCCGCAGCAGACCCUGCCGUACCUGCUGCUGACGGUGGCCGGCGAUGCGCCCGACGCCGAGGCGCUUGCCACCGCCGCCUCGGACGCCCUGGUCUCCGCGGUGCAGGGGCCCCUGCCGAACACCUGCUAUCGGAUCGCCGUCCCGCCGGCGGCCGGCGGCGGGGGCCGCGGGCGUGGGGCCGCGGCGGCCGCCCCGGCCGCUGCGCCGCUCGCCUCGAUUUGCUGCCAGGGGACCAUCGCCUCGCAGGCCGAGCUGGAUCAUGUCCUCCAGGCCUGGGGUGCUUCGCGACAGCUCCACCUGUGCUGA